GUGUAACAUUUAUUCAGCCGACUUGUUAAACGAUACGUUUAAAGCGGCUCUUACUGUGCAGUGAGAAAUCAUUCGAGAGACCUGAAAACCGAGAAAAGGAUUACGUGUUAGAAUCGACUCCAUAACAAACGUGUCCAAAGUGCGUUGUAUUGUUUAAUCGAGUGAUAAUCGAUAUUGUAUGUGAAUAACGUACAGUGAUUCGGGAAACUACCCGCAACCAAAGGAGUCCAUUGAUUAAUCGAUUAGAACUACCACUGACCUUCGGAUCGAUCAAUUGUUUUCAUCCGACGUAAGAAUUCCACCCACGGUCAACAAGGUUCAAUCGUUCCGGUCGACAAUUGACAAAGAAGAACUGCGAACCACUACCAAAAUGACUUACAAGGAUGUACUUGCUGUUCCACCGCCACAGAACGUCAGUUUUGAAAGUGGCAAACUUCCAUCCAACCUUCAGCAAGAGCUAAGCUCUCAGGGGACAGGAAUGCAGGUGACAUGUGGUAUGCGGCCUACUCUGCAAGCCCUCGCCUCUCGGGGUUGUCGAAGCCUGCAAGGGAGCGUAUGCCUUGUUUCAUUGUACGAGAAGACGGAUUCGGCAUGGCAUCUCCAGAUGACCCUACUCGAAGCCUAUUGUCGGGAGCAUGAUAUCGAGGUCGUUAGAGUACGAGCUGAGUACUUGAGGGCGGCGUUGGGUCCUCAGCAUAUGGACAUUUCUUGCGUCUUGAUAGCACCGGAAGACCCAUUUGACCUAGAACCACCUGCGUGAUUUGUCAGUUGGAUAUGAAUUAUUUGAAAGAAAAAAAAAAUUGAAAGAUUUUGGAUAAAAUUUCGCGGGAACCGCGAGACCACAUAGAUGUGCUGAAAGCAUCUUGAGCUGGAAAAUUUGUCUCACAUGAGGGUGGAAGAAGAUAAAUCCACAAUGUUUUGUGCGCAAUGUCCUGUAAGACAUAAUAUACUGAAUUUGUAUAGUUGUGUAUAUGCAUAUAUGUAUGUGUAAGAGGACAGAAGCGAAAAUUGAGAGAGCGAGAGUUAAGAAAUGUUCGCUAUUUAUUAAUA